AGCUAAUGCUCGUCUGGGCCGGGUCGAGCCGUGCGGGCCAGUAUCAUAUCAGUUCCGGGCUGAAGAAUGACCUUGAUUCUCUGAGUGGCUGGCUAGUGGACAAAGUGGGCUUGACUGGGCUAGAGAAUGUUUGUUACUUUGACCAGCACUAGUGCACUGAUGGCACAAGAGCUGAUGAAGAGCACGGCACGGGAAAGAAGAGGCUGGAGAAUGUUGCACACUCUGCAGCUAGCUAUCUGUCGGUUUGGUUGUGAGCAGCUGGAGGAGCUGGGCAUAUAUCCCCAACAGCAAAAGCCAUGCAUCUCUCCUUCGUCUCCUUUAUAUCAUCGAUCAGCAUUCACCAAUUCCAAUUCCCUCCACAGAUUCCCACUCCACUUAUAUACUCCCUCCCUUCCUGAUAGCGCCUCCUCACCAUUCCAUUCCAUCCCAUUCCAUCCCACUGCAACAACAACACUACUCUUACUAGUGUGCAAUAAGCUAAGAUUUUCCAAGCUCAGCUCAACACGCAGAGGAAGAAGAAGCAACAGGUUCUUCUAUCAAUCUCCUAGAUAGGCAGCUACCAGCUGGUAGGUGCUAUGGUGUCCCUCCCACCCUUGCUCUGGUUUAUUCUCUUCAUCUUCUUCGCGGCCGGCGAUGGCGGCGCGGCGGCAUUGGACGCGCAGGCUGCCUACCUGGCCAGGAUCAAGGAGCAGUUCCCCGGGCCGGGCAUGUCGAGGUGGGACUUCUCCUCGCCGGCGCCGGACUACUGCAGGUUCCAGGGCGUCGCCUGCGACCAGGGCGGCAACGUGACGGGCAUCGACGUCACGUCGUGGCGGCUGGUCGGCCGGCUCCCGCCGGGCGUCUGCGCGGCGCUGCCCGCGCUCCGGGAGCUCCAGAUGGCGUACAACGACGUCCGCGGCGGCUUCCCGCUGGGCCUGCUCAACUGCACCUCCCUCGAGGUGCUCAACGUGAGCUACUCCGGCGUGUCCGGCGCCGUCCCGGACCUGUCCCCGAUGCGGGCGCUGCGGGUGCUCGACAUGUCCAACAACCUCUUCACCGGCGCGUUCCCGACGUCCAUCACCAACGUCACCACCCUCGAGGUCGUCAACUUCAACGAGAACCCGGGGUUCGACAUCUGGCGGCCGCCCGAGUCGUUCAUGGCGCUGCGGCGCAUCCGCGUGCUCAUCCUCUCCACCACGUCCAUGCGCGGCGGCAUCCCGGCCUGGUUCGGCAACAUGUCGUCGCUCACCGACCUGGAGCUCAGCGGCAACUUCCUCAUCGGCCGCAUCCCCGUGUCGCUGGCGCGCCUCCCCAACCUGCAGUUCCUGGAGCUCUACUACAACCAGCUGGAGGGCGUCGUCCCCGUCGAGCUCGGCAACCUCACGGAGCUCACCGACAUCGACCUCUCCGAGAACCGGCUCACCGGCGGCAUCCCGGAGUCCCUGUGCGCGCUGCCCAACCUGCGCGUGCUCCAGAUAUACACCAACGAGCUCACCGGCCCCAUCCCGGCCGUGCUCGGCAACUCCACGCAGCUGCGCAUCCUCUCCGUGUACCGCAACCAGCUCACCGGCGAGAUCCCCGCCGACCUCGGCCGCUACUCGGACCUGAACGUGAUCGAGGUGUCGGAGAACCAGCUGACGGGGCCGCUGCCGCCGUACGCCUGCGCCAACGGCCAGCUCCAGUACAUCCUGGUGCUGAGCAACCUCCUGACGGGCCCCAUCCCGGCGGCCUACGCCGAGUGCACCCCGCUGCUCCGGUUCCGGGUGAGCAACAACCACCUGGAGGGCGACGUCCCGCCGGGCAUCUUCGGCCUCCCGCACGCCUCCAUCGUCGACCUCUCCUACAACCACCUGACGGGGCCGGUGCCCGCGACGGUGGCGGGCGCCACCAACCUGACGUCGCUGUUCGCGUCCAACAACCGGAUGUCCGGCGAGCUCCCGCCGGAGAUCGCCGGCGCCUCGGGGCUGGUGAAGAUCGACCUGAGCAACAAUUUCAUCGGCGGGCCGAUCCCGGAGGCGGUGGGGCGGCUGGCGCGGCUGAACCAGCUGUCCCUGCAGGGCAACCGGUUGAACGGCUCCAUCCCGGCGUCGCUCGCCGGCCUGCGGAGCCUGAACGUGCUCAACCUGUCGGACAACGCGCUGUCCGGCGCGAUCCCGGAGUCGCUCUGCACGCUGCUGCCCAACUCGCUGGACUUCUCCAACAACAACCUGUCGGGUCCCGUGCCGCCGCCGCUCAUCAAGGAGGGCCUGCUGGAGAGCGUGGCCGGCAACCCGGGGCUGUGCGUGGCGUUCCGGCUGAACCUGACGGACCCGGCGCUGCCGCUGUGCCCGCGGCCGAGCCUUCGGCGGGGGCUGGCCGGGAACGUGUGGGUGGUGGGCGUGUGCGCGCUGGUGUGCGUGGUGGCGGCGCUGGCGCUGGCGCGACGGUGGGUGCUGCGGGCGCGGCAGGACGCGGAGCACGACGGGGCGCCGACGUCGCCGGCGUCGAGCUCGUCCUACGACGUGACGAGCUUCCACAAGCUGAGCUUCGACCAGCACGAGAUCCUGGAGGCGCUGAUCGAGAAGAACAUCGUGGGGCACGGCGGCUCCGGGACGGUGUACAAGAUCGAGCUGAGCAGCGGCGAGCUGGUGGCGGUGAAGAAGCUGUGGGUGUCGGCGCGGCGUCCCAUCAGCAGCAAGCAGCAGCAGCACCAUGACGUGGUGAUGACGACCACCACCAACAGCGCCGGCGGCGGCUGGCUCGGCGACCGCGAGCUCCGCACGGAGGUGGAGACGCUGGGCAGCAUCCGGCACAAGAACAUCGUGAAGCUCUACUGCUGCUACUCCGCCGCCGACAGCAACCUGCUGGUGUACGAGUACAUGCCCAACGGCAACCUGUGGGAGGCGCUGCACGGGUGCUUCCUGCUGCUGGACUGGCCGACGCGCCACCGCGUGGCGCUCGGCGUUGCGCAGGGCCUCGCCUACCUCCACCACGACCUCAUGUUCCCCAUCGUCCACCGCGACAUCAAGUCCUCCAACAUCCUCCUCGACGCCGACUUCGAGCCCAAGGUCGCCGACUUCGGCAUCGCCAAGGUGCUCCAGGCGCGCGGCGCCGCCGACCGGGACGCGUCCACCACCACCAUCGCCGGGACCUACGGCUACCUCGCGCCGGAGUACGCCUACUCGUCCAAGGCGACGACCAAGUGCGACGUCUACAGCUUCGGCGUGGUGCUCAUGGAGCUGGCCACGGGGAGGAAGCCCAUCGAGCCGGAGUUCGGCGACACGCGGGACAUCGUGCACUGGGUCUCCGGCAAGGUGGCCGGCGGCGCCGAGGCGGACGCGCUGGACAAGCGCCUGGCGUGGAGCCCCUACAAGGAGGAGAUGGUGCAGGCGCUGCGCGUCGCCGUGCGAUGCACCUGCAGCAUCCCGGGCCUCCGCCCCACCAUGGCCGACGUCGUCCAGAUGCUCGCCGAGGCCGGCCCCCCCGCCGGCCGGACACCCAAGGACAAGUACGACAACAACAACAACAACAGCUGCAAGGACGAGGGCUCCGGCCAGCAGCCCAAGCUACCAGCGAGUCCAUAGGAACGAAUUCAAGCAACGUGUCAAGCAAGUGGUCGAUCGAUGAGUAAACAAAGAGCCAACCAGGUGAGCUGCUGAUGGAAAGGCAAUAUGCAGCAGCAACAUUAAUUGGUACUAAUUAAGCACCCAAUUACCUCUUAUAAUAAUACUAAUUGAUCAGAGGAUGUUUUACAACACAGGCAUGCAAGCUCUUGCGCUACGAGAUAGUAUUUAUAUAAAUAUAUCAUGUGUAAGUAGGAUAGCUAGCUUAGCUCUGGUAGGCAAGGCAGCUUUAUUGCUAUUGCAUUGGGUCCUCCUAGCAGUGAAGUGCGCCGUCGUCACUCACAUCUACACUGCUUGGUGUUUAAGCAGAAUCUGAUGCUCCCAGUGGAUCAGAGUGGAAAGGAAAAAUGUACCAUAUAUGGAUGGAAGCAACGCAAAUAUAUUGGAGCAUUCAACUUUGAAAUGUUCCUUUCUCUUUGGAUC